AUGCUCACGGAUGAGACCAACCGGAAAGUGGCCGUACUAUUGGCCGGACAGGGGCUGACCUCACGGCUCACAUCGUUGGUACAGUUGUGGACAAAGACAUCGGCCGCAGACAAUCGGUGGUCAAUUGUCUACAAGAAGAUCGUAUGCUUUAUCACAGAUGAUAAUCAUGAUCAUCGGCGGUGUCUGAUCCGUGUGUACGACAACUAUCUCCGCUCUGUUCACUGGGAACUGGAUUUAGCCAAAGAGUUUGUCUUCGAGUCGACAAAGGGUCCGAUGUUUCACGUGUUGCGGACACCAGACGGCCACUGCUGUGGCCUCAAGUUUGCCGACCGGCUCGAGUCAAACGGCUUUAAGAUCUUAGUGUUGGAACAGAUACUGAAACGAUCGGCUCAGUUGUCUCAAUGCCGGCCGCCAGCGAUAGGGCCGCCGCCACCAAAACCUGUUCAAAACAGGACUCGUCGGUCAACUAACAGGCCAUCUGAUCAGACACUUGUGGCCACAAAUGCCAUACCGACUGAGGAUCAGUUGAAUUGUCUGUUAAAGGAUUGCAAACUCUGCAAACUCGAUGGCGGGUCCAGCGGGUCAUCAACAAUGCCGUUAAAGACUAAGCCAAAGACAACGCUAUACACGGCUACCGAGAUAUCAAUGGCACAGCAAUCGGUGGUAAACGACAGCGAGAGUCUGGCCGUGGAUUCAAAUCUACAAAAACAUAAACCAUUGAUGACUUUGUGUGUGCAAACACAUCGACUGGUGGCCAUCCAAGAUGUGGCCGAUGCCGGGGUUAGAGAUACAAUGAUAGACACUGUGGAUACAGGCGUAACUGAUCCGGAGGUCAAUAUUGCCGACUCAGUGAUAGACACUGUAGAUCCAGAGGUAAUGAAUCCAAUGGUAAAUAUAGUCAACAAUUGCGAAGAUCAGCCCAAAGACGACAGUCUAGACAUCAGUGACGAUAGUCUGGACAUCAGUGUCGAUAGUCUGGAAAACAGUGUCGAUACUGUUGUUACUGAUGAGAUCGCAGAGAUUGUAUCACAAGAAACUGAUCCAUUGGUUCCACAGGUGAUACCCAAUGAUAAUAUUGACAAAGAAGUGGCCGAAUUGGUCCCCGAUUUGGUUGAAAUAGUGGCCAACAAAGUAGAGAUGGAAAUAUAUGAGAGCCAAGUGAUCGCAGAAUACGACAGUGUCUUCAGUGACACAGAAUCGGAGAUGAAAUUUAUGGAUGACAGCGAUUCCGAUGCCGAAGAGUUGGCUAUUGAUUGUACAAAUGCUAAAUCAGUGGAUAACGAACUGAUUAUUGAACUGGUGGUUGACUCCGGAGGGCUCGACACAAGUCAUUUGGACACAAGAGUUGCCGAUUGUAAUGAGUGUUUGGCUGAAGACAAGACAGAAAUCACAACAAAUUCAGCCGAGAAAUUGGUUGACGACAAACAUGAGACCAAUUCAAACGCCAAUUUGGCGCCGACUUUGGCCCCAAAAUUUGACCGCCAAUUAUACCAGAAGUAUAACCAAGAGAUGGACCAGAAAUUGAACAAAUCUAUGGCAAAGAAGUUGAGCCCAAAGUUGAACCAGAAAAUGGACGCGAAGUUGAACCCAAAGUUUAACCAAAAGUCACUGAAAAAUUGCAAAUUGAGAGUUGACUUGGAUUUGGACCAAAUGGACCGCGAUUUGAGUCGAUUGCAAGAAUAUGGUAAAGUAUUAUCGGUUCCAAAACGUCCACCAGUUGUCGAGCCAGAGAUUACACUCGUCGACGACCCGCCGACAGUUGACCGGCCAGUUAUGGACACGGAUUGUGGUCAACACUCGAGUCGGCGCCGGCGGCUGACCAAACUGUUCAGCAAAAAGUCUGCGGGAAAAGCCGGUGGCCGUCACGGGGCUGUCAACCUUAACCUCGGAAUGCAGGCCAACAAUAGUAACGGUAAGGCCACACAUGAAUGCGACAAAAAGGUCCGGUGCCUCAAAUGUGAGGCUACUAUUAGCCCGAUCAAAGAGUAUAGGGCGGCGCUGGAUAUCGUUGGCCGACCCGAUGUAGAGCAAUUAGAGCAA